AUGAAAGCCAUUAUCCUUCUCGCUUGUGCCAGACUAGUCACCGCUCAAUCCCCCCCCGAUAUCUCUGAUGUACCCCAAUGUGCUAUCACAUGUCUUCUGCCUGCGCUGAGCUCGACUGGUUGCUCUCUGACCGACUUGACCUGCGCCUGCUUGCCAAAGAACCGGGACAAAAUAAAGAGCCAGGCCCGGCCUUGUAUUGAGAAGUCCUGUUCCAAGGACGAUCUUUCAAAAGCCUUCGAUGCCAGCGACUCGCUCUGCGGCACCAGUGCUUCCCAGAGCCUCACGACACACCCUGACACUUCCACAAGUGCAGUCACCGAUACACCCACUAGCAAGUCCAACCCAGCUGCCACUACCUCAGAAAUCGCAAGUUCGGGGUCCGAGUCGAUCACCACUACCUCAGAACACGGAGCUUCAGCAUCCAGGUCGGCUUCCACUACAUCAACGAGCAGAGAUCCAUCAGGGUCCCUGUCGGCCACUUCCACGUCCAGCACUGGCGGCAGUGGCAACUCAGAGCCACAUCUCUCUACUACGCUGCCGACUACCACUGGCCAAUCAAACUCCAGUGAUGGCGGCGGCCUUUCCAAAGGCGCCACAGCAGGCAUCGGUGUUGGCGCUGGGCUAGGCGGAAUCGCCGUAAUUACUGGUCUUGCUUCGUUCUUUUACGUACGGGGCAAAAAGGCUGGCAAAAGGAGUCGAGAUGUGGAGGAAACAACCGACCAUCAGAAUUCAACAUUCAACUCUAUACCACCACCAAAGCAAUUUUCGGAAGUACAAGGAAAUCCCGUGGCAGAGCUGCCUUGA